AGAAGAGCCCGGAAAAGAGCAGAAGGAGGAGCCAGCUCCAACGUCUUCUCCAUGUUUGAUCAGUCCCAGAUCCAGGAGUUUAAAGAGGCCUUCACCAUCAUGGACCAGAACCGGGAUGGCUUCAUUGACAAGGAAGACCUGAGGGACACCUUUGCUGCACUGGGUCGCAUCAAUGUGAAGAACGAAGAGCUGGAGGCCAUGGUGAAGGAGGCUCCAGGGCCCAUCAACUUCACGGUCUUCCUGACCAUGUUUGGAGAGAAGCUGAAGGGCACAGACCCGGAGGAGACCAUUCUCCAUGCCUUCAAGGUGUUCGACACCGAGGGGAAAGGUUUCAUCAAGGCUGAUUUCAUCAAAGAGAAGCUCAUGACCCAGGCAGACCGGUUCAGUGAGGAGGAGGUCAAGCAGAUGUUUGCUGCUUUCCCGCCAGAUGUGUGUGGCAACCUGGACUAUAGGAACCUGUGUUACGUCAUCACACAUGGCGAGGAGAAGGACUAGAGGCCCGCGGAGCUCCCCUGCAUUCAGUCAGCAGAUACUAGGGUGCUGAUGGUAGCUCCUGCAGCCCGAGUGUAAGGGAAAAGGCUCUCCUUGUCCUAAGGGUCGGGGAUGAAGCAAGAAUAAAUAACACU